CAUAUCUGUGUGCAGAUGGCACAAUGUAACGAUGGUUAUAAUAAAAGAAAGAAAAGUGGUGUCGGUUCGUCGAAGAUACAGUGUAUUCCAAUCGGAUACGUUUGAUGUGUGACAAAUCCUACAAAUUAUCCACAAAAAUGCAUUUCCCAAUUAUCUCUUUAAUACCUAGUUGUUCCAUUAGGAUAAUAGUUAACAUCCUCCUUUAGAUAAUAAUCUAGAAGUAUCGUCAAAAAAGAAACAGCGAACAAAAGGUUACGUAUAUCAGUAUGUGUUCCUAAAGAUUUGACGACGGGUUGUUAGAAAAAUGUAACGUUAUCAUUUAAGUUUCGUAUAAAAGCUACCGACAUACUCUGUUGGAAGUGCACAUUAUUAUGGAUUGCGAAAACACUGAUAAAUUGCUGCCUCAAGGAGAAACCAAGAAUGGGAAUGUCGAGGACCUAACAAAGAAAAUCCCAUCUGAAGAAGAAAAUGCGGGAAACAGUACAUUUUUGUAUAUAUCCGCAGUUACAGCUGACUUGUUGAUCCUGUCUGUUGGGUGCGGAUUCUCGUGGACAGCCCCCGUCUUCCCGAUUCUACAGAGCACCGAUCCCAAUGAAAACCCCUUAGGAAGACCAAUUACGCCAAUAGAAGAAUCAUGGGUGGCCUCUCUUUACUGUCUAGGCGCUGCAAUUGGCCCUAUUUUCGCCGGGAAGUUCGCAGACAGGUUGGGAAGAAAAAGGACACUCAUCAUAAUUAGCUUUCCAAUGAUAAUUUCUUUGGUCAUUCUAGCUUUCGCUAAGAACAUACACAUUUAUUACGUGACAAGAUUUGUGAUGGGAAUAACAGCUGGUAGUGCUUUCAACGUUUUGCCUAUGUACUUGGCCGAAAUUUCAGAAGUACGUAAUAGAGGUACGACCGGCUGCUUGAUGGCUGUGUUUGUAGUACUUAGUGGUUUAAUUUCGUUUCUGAUAGGCCCUCUUUUAUCCAUCAGACUGUUUACCAUUUUUUGUUGUAUCCCUCUCUUACUAUUCGUUAUAUUCUUUGGACUUUUCAUUCCAGAAACCCCUCUUUUCCUAAUAGCAAGUGGCAAACGUGAAAAAGCUGAAAAUGCUCUCAUACAGCUAAGAAGUAAACAUCGUGACCAAAUCAGAGAAGAAAUAACUAAAAUUGAGGAUUCAUGUGCAAAACAAACUUCAAAAAGCGAUAUCUCCAUUUUGUUCAAAGAAAAAGGGUUAAGGAAAGCAUUGGUUAUAAGCGUUAUUCUAUUGUUGAGUCAACAGCUUGCUGGAAUCAACGCCGUGAUGGCAUUUUUGAACUCAAUAUUUGAAGCUGCAGGAUCUGGUGCGUCUACCUACACAUCUACUGUUGUCAUAGCUGUUAUCCAAAUAAUCGCCACUAUCGUAGCUGCAAGUGCUGUAGAGAAACUUGGUCGCAGACUUUUGCUUCUAGUUUCAACUAUCGGCUCGUGUGCUUCGCUGUUCCUUCUUGGUUUGUAUUUUUAUUUGAAGAACAGCAAAUUUUAUGAUGUUACUAAUAUUUAUUGGUUGCCUUUAGCAUCACUGGUAGUGUAUAUUAUCGCUUUCAAUGUUGGUUUGAGCUGUAUCCCCUGGACUAUAACGCAUGAAAUUUUUCCUUCAAAUGUACAGUCGAUUGCAUCUUCAGUAGCUUCAGUAAGUUGUUUCACGGCAUCCUUCAGUGUUACACUAUGUUUUCCUAUCUUGAUAGAAAUGAUAGGAAUGGCCAAAUGUUUUUGGCUUUUCGGUACGUUUCUGGCGACAUCCACAUUGUUUAUCUAUUUGGUUGUUCCAGAAACUAAAGGCAAAACGGUGGCAGAAAUACAAGUUAUUCUAGGUAAUACCUAGUACACUGUUCCUAGUAUCACAUGUUUAAGAAUUUUGAGACUGGAACAACAAGAAAAUGUCAGAUGUAGGUCUGUAGAUUUAAGGUAGAAGAAUAUGCCAAUGAUAAAAAGUAGAUAAUACUGUUGAUAAAACCGAAUAAAAAAGUGUUUGUUUAUGUUUUCGAAUACAUUACCAAAAAACAUAAUAACUCAGAUGUCCUGAUAUAAAUAUUCCAAUGUAAACCUCAGCAAGUCGUGGUACAUGGGAUAAAAGAUGAGAAUUGUCGAAAUAUUAUUGUCGAUGUUUAGAAUGAAGUUCAUAGGAUUGUUUCUAAAAUAAAAGUAAGUCCUUCGAAUAAAAGUAAAAGGCGGUUUCAAGUAUAUUAUUAUAGAUGAAGUCUCAUGUACUUACGAACAUCAGCAACUACAGGUAGGUCUGGAAUAAAUAUUCGUAUGUGAAUGUUGAAUGAAUUAUUACUGAAUAUGCUGCCAAUGAAGUGUAUCUAUUUAUUAGCUGUGCCCGAGAGGUUAUUUAUUAUAUUAUUUAUUAUAUGUUGUCCUUUCUGAAGACAGGUUAAGUUCGGAGUUAUAAAUUACGAUUUUUUUGUUUUUUCAUAAACUUUGAGGAGAAUCACCACCGUGCCCGCGUUUUGGGUAAUUACUGUUGGCAUGUAUAUGACUUGUAAUACAAGAGUGUACAGUGAAUAUAAUUGCAAUAUGUGGCAGUAUGUAAGUAUAAAAAAUAUAAGAUUUCACAUAAAGUUAAUUACUCCACCAUUUUUCUCACUCUCAUUU